AUGGCGUCCGAAAACUCCCAGCUCCGCUCUCCCAACGCCAUCCCUCCACGUACAUCCUCCACGAACCAGAACGGACUAAACCACAUCAUAUCGAAGCCAACUGCUUCUGUCCUGCAUCCGGUGCCGGAAGGCGACUGGAUAAGCCAGAGGAAACCCUCCAUCCCGCUCUCCUCGAAUCCCACCAUCCAGCCCAUAGCUCCUACAGACUCGUCAAGGUACCACAAAAACGACAUGGCAUUUCAUGGCAAGGGGAACUGGUCUCCGGAGAAGGAGAAGAUUCUGGUAGGGCCGUAUGAAUAUCUGUUUGCGCAGCCGGGGAAGGAUAUUAGGACGCAGUUUAUUGCGGCGUUUAAUGAGUGGUUGGAGGUUCCGGCGGAGAGUCUGGAUGUUAUUACGAAGGUUGUUGGGAUGCUGCACACAGCUUCCUUGCUCGUUGACGAUGUUGAGGAUUCGUCGUUGUUGAGGAGAGGUUUGCCUGUUGCUCAUAGCAUUUUCGGCACCGCGCAGACGAUCAAUUCGGCGAAUUAUGUCUACUUCAUCGCUUUACAAGAGCUUGGGAAGCUGAAGAAUCCGAAGGCGAUCAAUAUCUAUACAGAGGAGUUAUUGAAUCUGCACCGGGGCCAAGGGAUGGACUUGUUCUGGAGAGAUACCCUGACGUGCCCGACUGAGGACGAUUAUCUGGAGAUGGUGGGGAACAAGACGGGAGGAUUGUUCAGAUUGGCAAUCAAGCUCAUGCAAGCUGAGAGCAAGAAUCUAAAAGACUGCGUCCCACUCGUCAACGUCAUGGGCAUAAUCUUCCAGAUCCGCGACGACUACCAAAACCUCUCCUCCCCCGAAUACUCGCACAACAAAGGGCUUUGCGAAGAUCUCACAGAAGGCAAAUUCUCGUUCCCUAUCAUCCACAGCAUCCGCGCGAAACCGGAAAACAUGCAACUCAUCAACAUUCUCAAGCAAAAGCCAGAAGAUGAGCAAGUUAAACGGUAUGCUGUGACGUAUAUGGAAGGGACGGGCAGCUUUGAAUACUGCAGGAAAGUCUUGGCGACACUGACGGAGCGAGCGAGGUCGUUGGUGGAGGAAUUAGAUGAUGGUGAUGCGCAGAAGAAGGGGAAGGGGGUACUGAAGAUUUUGGAUAAGUUGGCCGUAUAG